AUGGCGCCCGUCAAAGAACUAAGCAAUUGGCUUCCUACUCGGUCGAUCCCGGAGCUGGCAACCAAGAUCAUCGCUCGUCAGACAGCCACGACUACCGUCGUCGCCCCGGCGCCCAAUAACAACAACAAUAACAACAACCUUUCGGGCGGAGCAAUCGCCGGGAUUGUCAUUGGCUCCGUCGCUGGCUUCCUGCUGCUCUCUUGGUUGCUCUAUUCGUGCUUCAACCUGAGCCGACCCCGAAACUGGGGCGAGACGUUUGGCGAGAAGGAUACAGUGUAUACUCGUUCGCCUAGCCGUAGUCGUCAUCGUCAUCACCACCAUCACCACCACUCAAGGCGGAAUUCCGAGGUCCGUCCCGUUUAUGUCGAGACCAGAGGCCGCAGUCCGAGGUCGCCGCAGCCCGUCUAUUAUGCCAGGGAUGUCCGUCGAUCGAAGAGAGAUGGUAGAUCAUAUUAUGGCUAA